AAACGGAAGUCAUUUUUAAGCACCGGCUGCUGCGGCUUGUUUGGGCUGCUAAAGGUGUUUCUAGUUUAUAUCAAAAGUUAGUGAGGGAUUAAAACAUUUUAAUGCCCUCAAAAUGCCUUCUGAAAACCUUCGGUGGGAAACGUUAGAAGCGCUGAAAAACUCUCCGAAGGGGAAACUCAAAUACAGCCCAGACUGGGUGGAAAAAGGGGAGGAUGUUCUGGCCGGCUGUGUGGAGGUGCCCAGUCUGUCUCCUCUGUCAGGGCAGAUCCUGAAGAGAAUGAGUCCUCGAAUGCUGCUCAAGAACUGCUCUCGAUCCUCAUCCGUCCGUGAUACGAGUCCCGGUCUUUCUGAAGAAGCUGCCGUCUGCAGAUCAGCUCCCAUCAGCCCCCGACUGAAGCGUUCGUCCUGCUCUCUGCCUGCAGUCUCCAUCCAAACUGAGGAGGAGGAGGAGAAGGAGAAGGAGAAAGCAGAAGUGGUUGCGGAGGCUCCUGCAGUGAGUCCUGAAGCAUCGGUCAGUACUCCUCCGGCAGUCUCAGUCCUGUCUCCCAGAGCCACGCAGAUCUCUGGUUGCAUCCGCAUGUGUGAACAGAAACACAAGGCCAAAGCCAAGAUGGAGCUGAGUCUCAGACAGGAGCAGCAGGAGCGUCUGGUGGCCACCGUUGCCAACCAUGAGUCCGAGCAGCUGAAGCGCUUCGAGGAGUUCAUGGAGCUCAAGCAGAGGCAGGAGCACCAGAGUAUUAGAGACACCAAUGAAAAAGAGGCGCAGGAGAGUCUCGGCCGCCAGGAGAAGCUGAGAGAGGAACACAGGCACAGAAUGAAAAUCCUGAACCUGCGUCUGCGUGAGAUGGAGCAGCAGCGUCUGCGGGAGGUGGAGCUGGAGCGCCAGCGGCAGGUGGAGGGCAGAGAGCGGCACAGAGCCAUUAAUGCCAUCCAGGAGGAGGUUCUGCAGCUCAACCGGCUCCUGCAGCCGCAGCAGAGCACACAUGCGGAGGUGGAGCACGCGCCGUACAUCACACGGGGCAACCAGCUCUGCUCACAGCUGUCUGAGGUGGUGCCGGCUGCAGCAGACGAUCAGUUUCCCAGCGUGGAGGAUUUGAGUGUGGCGGAGCGAGCUCUACAGGAAAUGAGGUCAUUGGUCCGAAGCCUGCAGGAAGCAGUUUCGCAGGCUGCUGAGAGGAAGAAGAAGAAAGAACAGGAGGAAGAGGAGGAGAAGAGGAGGCAGGAGCAGCUGAAAGCCCAGCAAGAGGAGCAGAAGAAGAGCGCUGCACUGUCGGCUAAAGAAAAAGCCAAAAAAGAGGGUCUGCAGACUGGAGCGGAUGACAGCACUUUAAAGUGGUACAACAGCCUGCAGGAUUUGGCCAAUCAAUGCGCUCAGGCUUUCGAUGACCUCAAUAAAGCCAAAGACACACAGACAAAAAAAAUUAAAAUGGAGCUCCAAAAGGCUGCAACCACACCUGUGAGUCAGAUCGCCAACAGCUCAGGAGCUCCACUGAAGGAGGCCUUUGAGAAGAUUGAUAAGCUUUUAUCAGGACGUCCCGUGACAUCGGCUGGAAAGACAGUGUCUACAUCCCAGCAUCCUCAGGGGCUGGAGUUUGCCAGUUAUAGACUGGCAGAGAAGUUUGUGAAACAAGGAGAGGAGGAGGUUGCCUCUAAUCAUUCGGCUGCUUUUCCCAUCGGCGCUGUGGCCUCAGGCAUAUGGGAACUCCAUCCCAAAAUUGGAGAUCUUAUACUCGCUCACCUGCAUAAGAAGUGCCCGUAUGCUGUGCCGCACUACCCACCCAUGGAGAGUGGCACAUCAGUGGAGGAUUACCAGAAGAUCCUUGGAUAUCGUGUAGAUGAGGGGAAAGUGGAAGGACAGGACAGCUUUCUAAAGAGAAUGUCGGGAAUGAUUCGCCUUUAUGCUGCAAUAAUCCAGAUGAGAUGGCCAUACUCCAGCAAACAAGGGCCUCAUCCUCAUGGUCUGAAUCACGGCUGGCGCUGGAUGGCACAGAUCCUCAACAUGGAGCCGCUGGCCGACAUCACAGCCACUAUUCUCUUUGACUUCCUGGAGGUCUGUGGAAAUGCCCUAAUGAAACAAUAUCGCGUCCAGUUCUGGAAACUGAUAUUGAUUAUUAAUGAAGAAUAUUUCCCGAGGAUUGAGGCUGUGACCAGCGCUGGACAGAUGGGCUCUGUUACCAGACUCAAACAGUUUCUAGAGACGUCAUUGAGAACCAAGCAGAUUCCUGCUCCUAAGAGUGAGCUCGGCUCCGCCUUCUUCAGGUCCUGAUUGGUGGAGAUCAUCCUGAUGAGAGUCACUAUAAUCUACUCGGAUUAAGUAUAAACUGAUGCCAUUCUGUUGGUGAAUGUUAGAGUUUAUGCAUCCAGAUCAUCAUGCUGUCUUAAUUUUUUAUAUGUGCAUGAAAGUAAGUUUUAGUUUUUAAUGCAUGUGGUGUCUUAAUGCAUUGAUUCGGUCUCAGAUUGAUCUUAAUUCACCCCAAGCCAAGUUUAUAAUUUGCUUUAGACCAAUGAUUGUUGAUUGUAAUCUGCUUCCCGCAGACAUAAGCCAUGAUGAUGGAGGAGGAUCUUGUGUGUACGCUAAGGUGAUAGGAUGAGAUGUACUGUAUAUUGAUGCAGAUAUUUAUGAUUUUAUAUUAAAGUAGUACACAAAGUGUC